CUUCUGCGCCCGCCCACUGUCCUCUCCUGCCUGUGCAGGGUUUGUUGUUAUCAAGAUGGAGUUCUUGUUGGGGAAUCCGUUUAGCACUCCCGUCGGCCAGUGCAUUGAGAAGGCAACUGAUGGGUCCCUGCAGAAUGAGGACUGGACGCUCAACAUGGAGAUCUGUGACAUUAUUAACGAGACAGAGGAAGGGCCCAAAGACGCCAUCCGUGCCAUCAAGAAGAGGCUGAAUGGCAAUCGAAACUUCCGGGAGGUGAUGCUGGCUCUGACUGUGCUAGAGACUUGCGUGAAGAACUGCGGCCAUCGCUUCCACGUGUUCGUGGCCACCCGGGACUUCAUCGACGGCAUCCUGGUGAAGAUCAUUUCUCCGAAAAACAACCCCCCCACUAUAGUACAGGAUAAAGUGCUGGCACUGAUUCAGGCUUGGGCAGAUGCAUUCAGAAGCAGUCCAGAUCUGACCGGAGUCGUCCAAAUUUACGAGGAGCUGAAGAGAAAAGGUGUCGAGUUCCCCAUGGCAGACCUGGACGCUCUUUCACCAAUUCACACGCCACAGAGAGGAGUCCCAGAGGUUGAUCCAGCCUCACAUAAGUACAAAGCUACUCCCCAGCCCAAGCCAGCAUCCCAGACGCCUCAGACGUCUGCUCCAAGUAGCUUGCCUGCUCAGACUCAUUUACCAAACAUGGCAGGGCCCAUCACGCCAAACCCAGAACAGAUUGCCCGGCUGAGGAGUGAGCUGGACAUUGUGCGUGGAAACUGCAAAGUGAUGUCAGAGAUGCUGACAGAGAUGGUGCCAGGGCAAGAGGAUGCCUCUGACCUUGAGCUCCUCCAGGAGCUGAACAGGACCUGUCGGGCCAUGCAGCAAAGGAUAGUGGAGCUCAUCUCUCGUGUCACCAAUGAAGAGGUCACAGAGGAGCUGCUACAUGUCAACGAUGACCUUAACAACAUUUUUCUCCGCUAUGAAAGGUAUGAGAGAUACAGACUGGGCCGGAAUACACAGAACAAUGGGGUGUUGAACGAGGCUUCAGUGGAGGAUAAUCUGAUAGAUCUGGGUCCAGGCUCCCCGGCUGUCGUCACCCCUCGAGCCAGCGCUGCAGCCACUCCCACACCUCCCUCCAGCCUGACUGCUGCUGCUACUGCCCCGUCACUCGCCACACAGCUUGCAGGACUGAAUUUGGAUUCUGAAAGUGUCAGUGGCACUCUGAGUGCACUGUCUGCUCACAAUCCUCGUGAUGACUUCGACAUGUUCGCCCAGACCAGAGGAAGCUCCCUUUCUGACCAGCGCAAGAACGUGAAAUAUGAAGACCCACAGGCUCUCGGUGGCCUGGCUUCUGCUCUAGAUGUCCGACAACAAAACGCUACUGGGCUGAGUGUAAAAGGUGAUAACGCAGAGUUGGAGCCCAUAGACAGCUGGCUCAUUACCCAAGGAAUGAUUCCUGUAUCGCAGUCUACUGUCAUGGAUGACAUUGAGGAGUGGCUCGGUGCUGAUGUGAAAGGUGAUGAGCCUGAGGAGGGAGUCACCAGUGAAGAGUUUGACAAAUUCUUAGAAGAGCGAGCCAAAGUUGCAGACACAGUGUUACCGUCACCCCCUACAGGCGAGCCCUCUGUUCCUGUGAGCGCACCAAGCAGCAGCCGUAAGAAAGCCGAGCGGACUGAGGACAACCUGUUUGCAUUGUAGGUCACUCAUGAACUUUAAGAAAAGCUCCGUUCAUCCCCCUCAGCGUUCCUCUGGAUGCCUGCUGCCUUUCCGUGCUGCACUCUGUCACACGUUUCUUGAUCCAUCAUGGGACUCUUGGUUCAUUUCCACCUCUCAAGCGGCUGGCCGGUGUGGGGCAGCUUCUGAGAUAUGGCUCCUCUUCCAGACUCAACAUGCUUUUGUAUGUAACUUCAGGGGCAGAGGGAUGAACCGUCUUAAACGAGUGAAUUUCUCAGCAGCGAAGUCAUCUUGUAGUUUAAGUCUGUUUUGUUAAGAUAUGCCAUGAUUAUAACUUACUUCUGUUUUAUUGACAGAAGCCUUGCGGAAUCUGGCUUGGAAAAGCGUUAUAAUAUCUCAGAUUUCCCAUGCAAGUUUACAUACUAAUCUGAAAUAUGCCAUUCCAUAAAGGUUCAUAAGAUCAUUUCAAAGGUCUUUAAUUCCUGUGGUCCAACGUCAUUAAACCACUAAUGGUGAAUCAUAUACAAAAGAGUGACAAAUUAAAGGAAAAACAGACAUAAAGUGUCUUAAGUUUUGGGCCUCCAGAACUGUCAGAACAGCUUCCUUGUGCCUUGGCACAGAUUCUACAAGUCUCUAUAACUAUACUGGUUGGAUGAACACCAUUCUUCCAAUCUUUAUUUCCUCAAAAUGGUAUUUUGGUGAUGGUGGAGAGCGCUAUUUAACACAUCACUCCAGAACCUCCCAUAGGUGUUAAAUUAGGUUGAAAUCUGGUGACGGUAAACGCCACAGCAUAUGACUUAGAUUAUUUUCAUACUCAUCAGUGAGCCUUUGUGCCCUGUGGAUAUGAGCAGGGUCAUCCUGAAAUAGACCACUCCCAUCAGGAUAGAAAUGUUUUAAAGGAUAAAGAUGAUCAGUCGGAAUAACAUUGCACUGAUUUGCAUUGAUUCUUUCCUCUAAUAGCACUUUUCCACUCGGUAAAUUACCCAUAAUCCACGUUGUGGCCAUUUCCACCACCAUGUGAGUGCAGCUAAAAUAGUGCUGGCCAUUGAUUGCUAAAACAUAGUCAAACAGCAGUCAUUGAUUAAUGUCUCUGGCUGAACUCUCGUCUCUACAGGAACAAAAUCUUUAGUAAAUGGCUAAUAGUGACUGCUAGAGUGACUUACUCUUUUGAGUAGUCCUUUCUCUGGCAGAUUUAAGAAGCAAUGUCACAAUUUUAAACAAGAAUUUAAUGUUUCAAUUCGAUGUUUCAUUUUUAUGCCUCCACCACUAGGUCCGUCCGUCUGUCCGUCCAUCCGAGAUUCUCAUUAGCGAUAUAGGUUGAAUAUAGGAUUUAUAUGGAAUUAUCAUUGUAACCAGAAGAUGAACUAAUUACAUUUUGGACUUAAUACAAACAAGGUUGAGGUCAUAGCGAGAUCAAAUAUCUGAAAUUUUUAAGGGUAUUCUGGCCAUACAAAUUUAUAACAAAGAAGACUAGACUUGUUGACACAGGAGGCAUCCCCGUUAAUGCCAUUGUACUUGUUAUUUAUUUAAACAGAGUAAAACUUGACACCUUCUAGGGCAAGUCCCAUGUAACUUUCUCUUCGCUUUGUUUGCUAUCUAGUGCCCUUAUGCAUUUUGUAGAAAGAUAUUUGGGAUUCAGCCAAAGAUGCACAGCUUUAUGUGUGUGCGCAUGUGUUUUUAACAUUGUCUAAUAAGGACACUCAAAUGACUGACUUUUCAUUAAAGUACUGGCAGGCAUAGCUGUGUUUGGGUCCAUAGGCAGCCAUUAAUCAAAAGCUUGCUCCUCUGUUAAGUAGAGAUUAGAGUGUUGGCACACUUGUGUUUGAGUGUGUGCUUCCAUUAAAAUAAAUUCCGUGCAUCUUGUUCAUUCAAGAGAGAGAAAUAUAAAUCAGAGAGGCAUAGUUUUGUUGAUGUUUUUUAUUUCCAUAUUUUGAGUAGUAUUUCUUUGCCUGUACCUAUCAAAUUAGGCCUUUGAUAACGUACAGAGAAACUCCUCCUACUUUCAUGAGUAUAUUAUAUUAUGGGAAAGCGACACAUGCGCUCUGCCAGGUUAUACGGAUAGUCCGAGUAUGGAUUUGUUUUGGAGUUGUGGCAAAUUGAGCUGUUUUGUGGAGAAGCGCUAUAAAGAAUCAAGCCAUGCUAAGAAAAUACCCCCAAUAGCAAUACAGAGCCAUCAGUUUUUUCCUUAAAUUUGUCAUGUUUUUGUAUGUAUUGAGUUAAACCUGGACACCAGGGGAGGUUUUUUUUUUUUUUUUUUUUUUUUUUUUUUUUUUUUUUAAAUAAGGGAAAACAAAACAAAAAAAUUACGCUUGCAUUUCUUUCUCUGUCAGGGUUUCAUUUCUCAGUUGCUUUGAGUGUUAGUAUGGUGAAGGAAAUGCAUUGUCAUAAUUAUUAAAAUGGUGACCAAAGACAGUUUAGACAGUUUAUAAAAAGGGAUUUGUUAGCUCUUGUUUCAGAGAGCUAAGAGUAUUUCCAAACGGUUCUUAGAAUUAAGCUCUAUAAAACGCACUGCCUACUUAAUUAACCAUUAAAUAAGUGAUUUGAGGAAAUAUUUCACAAAUACUUAUGAAGCAUUUGUGAAAAAUAUUAUUUUAUUUUCAGAAUCCUGUAUUUUUGUGCAUGGGUUGUUUUUCAUAGCCAACAAAAAUCAAUAAAUCACACAUGAAAAUGUGGGCCACAGAAUUAAAAAGUAAAUGGAUGGAAUUUGUUUCCUGGUGGUCUUCAUCUUGCAGGAUUAAAUUAUGGUAGCAUAACUUGUGCACUAUGUAUUUAAAUGUACACAUAAAUAUAUGUAUAUACAACCCAAAAGUAAUGAAUAUAAAUGUCCGUUAUCAUUUCUGAGUAAGUUGUUAUUCAGAAAGAGAUCAAAUGAAGGAGUUCAGUCCACUCAGUCAAGAGCUCAUUUAUGUGACUUGGUUCGUAUUUUUGGUCGUGAUGGUUAGGGUAGGUGUGACGUUUCAUAGCUGGAUAAGUGGGUUAGCUAGCACAGCAGGAAGGAAUAUAGGACAGAAUGUAAGUGAAUGCAGCGAAAGAAAGGAAAGGAGAUGAGAUGCCUGAUGAAUUUAGGAGUUUCAGGUGUGAUUUGUGACACUUUGAGUCUGAACCUCUGUUGUAAUCUUGGUGUACAUCAGCUCUUGAAAUGCAGCAGUUCAGUUUAGUAGUCAUUCAGCGUAACAUGGAGUUUCGGUGUAGCAUUAAUUAGAAAUUGGUCACAACUAGCCAAAAAUAUUUUGAUGAGAUAUUAACAUUUCAAUUGUUCAAAUUGGUACAACACUUAAUACAUUGUCUUAAUACAAUUCAAGCUGUCAUAAAUCAGCGAUAAAAUGUUGAGUAUAGAUGGGCCUUUUAUAUGUGUGAAAUGAAUAUACAACACAAAUCAGAUGAUAACUUACAUUAACACCUAAAUUACACCUGUUUCCGAAAAGGAAUUUUCAACAAAAGUCACAAUUAUGAGCAUUUAAUUACAUAAAACUUUUUUUUUUUGUUUUGUUUAUAGCGUUAUAUAAAGUAAAACAAUAAAGCCGACCUGUCAGUAACUCUCGGUGUCCUAUAAAAAGCUUUGCUUUCCAAUGAGGUGGCAAUCGUUAUUUUUAAUAACUGCUUUAAUGAAUGUUACCAUGUGACAUUAAGUCCUAACUAUUUUGAUUAUUUGUCUCAAACAUUAAUGUCUUAAUGUAUUUUAGGAUAUGUAAUAAAGUUUCUUAUUGUGA